AUGAUAUCUGUCUAGUAAUGCUAAUAAGCUUUUUUUUAAUAAAAAAAUGAAAUACAUUAAGGAAUUGAAUUAUAUAAUAUUUUCUAACAUCUAGGAAGUGGAAACUAUGGAGAUGUUUUCUUAAUUUAACAUAUAUAAAGUUAAAAAUAUUAUGCAAUAAAAAUUCUUGAUUAUAAUAAACUUUUAAAAGAAAAUAUACUUAAAUAUGCAAUUUCAGAAAGAAAUAUAAUGCAAAAAUGUGACUCUCCAUUUAUAGUAAAACUUCACCAUUCUUUCUAAUCUGAAAAUCAUUUAAUUAUGGUUAUGGAUUAUUGUCCAGGAGGAGAUUUAUAUUCAUUUUUAUAAAAAAAAUAAAGAUUUGAUGAAGAAUUAGCAAUCAAAUAUUUAUGUGAAGUCCUUCUUGCAUUAGAAGAACUUCAUUUUUAAGAUGUUAUAUAUAGAGAUAUGAAACCUGAAAAUAUAGUAAGAUCUGACGAUGGACAUAUAAAAUUAAUUGAUUUUGGAUUAUCAAAGGAAAAUAUAGGAUAAGGUUAAUCCAAAACUUUUGUUGGGUCUGCAGUUUAUAUGGCUCCUGAAAUUAUUGGUAAAAAAGGACAUAAUAAAGCUGUAGACUGGUAUUAAUUUGGAAUUUUGGCUUAUGAAUUAAUGGUUGGUUAACCUCCUUUCAAUUAAUUAAAUAGACAAGAGUUAUACUAUUAUAUUUAAAAUAAAGAAGUUAAAUUUCCUUCAUAUUUAUCUGAAAAUGCUAAGAAUUUAAUUUCAGCUUUACUUCAUAAAAAUCCAGAAGAGAGAUUAGGAAAAGGAGGAUCUUAAGAAGUAAAAUAACAUCCUUUUUUUAAAUAAAUAAAUUGGUUUGAUAUUAAAUAAAAAAUAUUUUAAUUACCCAAACCUGAUUUACCUAAAAUCGUAAAUUAAAAAAUUGAUUUAAAGUAAAAAGUAAGUAAAUUAAAAUAAGAAAAUCAAUUAUAAGAUUGGUAUUAUUAUAAUAAUGAAAUGUGA